UCAGUCCAUCCUCCUCUCUCGCAGAACAGCCGACAUACAAGAAUCGGCGAGAGUAGAGAGAAACGCCUUCACAUACUGAAUCAAUCAAUCAAUCUGCGAGAAUUGAACCCAUUCGAUAGAGGAAUUCAACACCUCUAACGAUUACAUACCCAGCCAAUAUGGAAAAUCCUCAAUUGGUUACUCAACCUGAGUCCCAAAUCAAACGGGAUAUGUCAUCGGAUCUUCUCGUUUCAUCCUCGUCUGGACCUCUUUUCCAUAGAAGAAUCGAGUUUCACCUAGCUAAUAAAUCGGCUUUCACUGGUUACAUCAAUGGCAGCAACGCUAGUGAGUUUCGAUUGGAAACUCUUAACCCGACGAGUUCGAUUGGCGUCUCGACAAAACAGGGUUCUGUUCAGUCUGGGAGGAAGGCUGAUGGGGAGUUGUUGGAUUCUGGAUUGGAUCCGGAGCUAAGUCUUAGUAUUACUUUUAAAAGAAUUGGAGCUGGGCUGGACAAUCUUGGGAAUACUUGUUUUCUUAAUUCUGUAUUACAAUGUCUGACCUACACAGAGCCCUUAGCAGCAUAUUUGCAAAGUGGAAAGCAUCAGAAUUCUUGUCGCGCUUCUGGAUUUUGUGCUUUGUGCUCCAUUCAGAGACAUGUUACCCGCGCUCUACAAUCGACUGGAAGAAGUUUAGCACCAAAGGAUCUCGUUUCAAACUUGCGCUGCAUUUCUAGAACCUUCCGUAAUUCCAGACAGGAGGAUGCUCAUGAAUACAUGGUAAAUUUGCUGGAAUCUAUGCAUAAAUGCUGCUUACCUGCUGGAGUACCUAGUGAAUCACCAAGUGCUUACGAUAAUAGUUUGGUCCACAAGAUAUUUGGUGGUCGACUCCGCAGUCAGGUGAAAUGCAUGCAGUGCUCAUUCUGCUCCAACAAGUUCGAUCCUUUCUUAGAUUUAAGCCUAGAUAUUUAUAGGGCAGAAUCGCUGCACAAAGCACUUCUACACUAUACUGCUAGAGAGUAUUUAGAUGGCGGGGAGAAACAGUUCCAGUGUGAAAGGUGCAAUCAAAAAGUGAAGGCUCUUAAACAGCUCACAAUUCAGAAGGCACCUCAUGUCCUAACCAUCCACCUGAAGCGGUUUGGAACACAUGUUGGGCAAAAGAUUGACAAAAAAGUCCAAUUUUCUUCCACGUUGGAUUUGAAGCCACAUGUUACUGGUUCAUAUGAUGGAGAUUUGAAGUAUACACUCUAUGGUGUUCUCGUUCAUCAUGGCUGGACUACACAUUCUGGCCAUUAUUCAUGUUUUGUCAGAACCUCAAGUGGCAUGUGGUACUCCCUUGAUGACAGUCGGGUGCGCCAAGUUAGUGAAAAGAUGGUUUUGCAGCAGCAAGCCUACAUGCUGUUCUAUUUUAGAGACCGGAAAAAUUCAAACAUUGGCUCCAGCAGCUUAAAGGUACCAGUUCAAAAUGGAAUCUCUGGCGGAAAGAUCAAUAUCUUGCAUUCUUCGUCUGCAGCAGCACAUGUACAUCCAAGGUUUCCUGAUGGAUUAAAGAAAGCCCCAGCAGAAGAACCAUCUGAUAGGAAGGUCAACAUCCUGAAGAAAGACUUCACAAAUGGUGGGAAAAAGGAGCCCCUCUUAAACUCUUCUUCGGGACCUGCUACUCUAGGUGUGGGAGAAGGCCUCCCCAACUCAGCUCCAGUUAUUGGUUUGCAAAAAGAUGCCACUGAUAAGGCUUCAACACCAUUAACCAGCACUCUGUUUGUUACUCCCACUGAAAGUCUCAACCACUCGGUGACUAAUGUUAAAGCUUUGGCUAAGGAAGUUAUUACACAUCCCCCAAGUGCAACAGCUGGAGAGCAUUCUCAGAAAGAGGGAGAGGGUAAAUUUGUCGAAAUAGCUCAUGCACCUAAAGGAGUUUCUAAUGUCUUGUCCCAAGAUGUGGAUCAGAAGACCCGUGCAAAACAAAAAAAGAAACUUGUAAAGAAUAAGUUUCUGCAAAUGAAUAUCAGUUCAAACCUACUACUGGGGGCAACCUUCACGCUAAGGAAGAAGAAGCACAAAAGGAGUAAAAAGCGUACUGUAGAUAUUAAGAAUCUCAAUCUCGGGCCAUCUACGUCUGAGUUGGCCGAUGCAUCUGUUGUCAUUCAUAAAGGUCAUAGUAAAAAGAAGGGUUCAAAAUCUGGUCAGAAUAGUGAAGCUGAUUGUGAUGUUAGAAAGAAUGGUCAUAGUAAUAAUAAUGAAUCGUCUGAUAUUCUCACUGGUAAAGAAUCUCUUGAUAGAUUAAGCCAAAAUGGAACUGUCCUUGCAAAUGAGAAACAAAAUGAAAACUUAUGUGAGGUUCCGUUGUUGGCAAAGCCCUUCGGAGCUAAUGAUUCAUCCGAGAGGAAAGAAAAAGUUAAGACCAAUUUCGCAAUGCUUACAAGCGGUCUAGAUGAGAUAACUGUUGCAGGUUGGGACGGGAUUGAUCUAAAGCCUUCUCAAAUCACAAAAACAAGUGCAGUAAAGACUGCGACCAUUGGCUAUGUUGCAGAUGAAUGGGACGAAGAAUAUGACAGAGGGAAGAGGAAAAAGAUUAGAGAUACAACCAUAGAGUUUGGCGGACCAAAUCUAUUCCAGGAAGUUGCAACAGAGAAGACAAGGAAAGCAACAAUGAAGACAACAAAGAGAGUAAAAACGAGUCAUUCCAGUUAUCGAAAAAACCAAUCUCGCAGACAAUAACCAAUAUAGAUGAAAACGAGUAUGCUUGGUUGGUCGGGUCCCCCAUUUGUUGUUACCAUUGAUUGGGCAGCGGUUGAGACACAAUUAUUUUCUGAGUUUUUUCUUGUGAGGUAUUGGUAUCGAAGACAAUCUAAUUUAUGUUGUUUAUAUUUGUGCGAACCAACACCCAGGAUUCUUGACAUUAUUGUUUGUAGGAGUGUUGUGUGUGUGAGAUGGGAUUUGAACUAUCUAAAGCUCUUAGAGCUUUCUUUUUGAAAAUAUUUGGUUUUUUCUCUUGUU